UGCUUUUCCAGGAUUGCCCAAUGCGUAAACAUGAGGAACUACACCCCUGUGAUUGAGUUCAUCCUGUUGGGAAUUCCUAACACGGAGGGGCUGGAGAAUAUGCUCUUUGUCUUGUUUUUGACCUUCUACCUCUUCACCUUGCUGGGGAACCUGCUCAUUCUUCUGGCCAUCCUUACUUCCUCCACCCUCCACACUCCCAUGUAUUUCUUCCUAGGAAACCUGUCAGUGUUUGACAUAUUUUUCCCUUCAGUGAGUUCCCCCAAAAUGAUGCUCUACUUAAUGGGGCAAAGCAGGACCAUCUCUUACCAGGGCUGUGCCUCCCAGCUCUUCUUUUACCAUGUCCUGGGUGGCACUGAGUGUUUCCUCUACACUGUGAUGGCCUAUGACCGCUUUGUGGCUAUCUGUCACCCUUUGCGAUACAUGGUCAUCAUGAACCAAAGGGUGUGUGCUGCCUUGACAGUGGGCACUUGGCUGGGGGGCUGUCUUCAUGGAAGUAUUCUCACAUUUCUUAUCUUUACAUUACCCUACUGUGGCCCCAAUGAGGUAAACAAUUUUUUCUGUGAUAUUCCAGUGGUGCUGCCUCUGGCCUGUGCAGACACCUCUCUAGCACAGAGGGUGAGUUUUACUAAUGUGGAUGUUGUGACUCUUGUGUGCUUUUGUCUUAUACUGACUUCCUACAGUCGUAUUGUCCUUUCCAUAUUGAAAAUCAGCUCCUCAGAGGGCAGGAGGCGGGCCUUUUCAACUUGCAGUGCCCACUUGCUUUCAAUUCUCUUGUUUUACGGGCCUGUGAUGCUCAUCUAUCUCCGUCCUGCUUCCAGUCCCUGGCUAGAUUCUGCUAUUCAGGUAUUAAAUAAUAUUGUCACUCCUUCACUUAAUCCUUUGAUUUACACCUUGAGAAACAAGGAUGCGAAAAUGGCCCUGAGGAAGGUGUUAACUCAAAAGGUCUAUACUUCUGGACUGUAA